AUGAUAGAAGAUCUUGCCGCGUUCCAAUCGGCUUUAUUGCCAUGGCUCGUCGUCGGUGCGAUCAUCGCUUUCAUUCUUGCGUUUGCCAUUGGUGCAAACGACACAGCCAAUUCUUUCGGUACUAGUGUGGGCAGCAAGGUCGUCACUCUUACUCAAGCCUACAUUCUUGCCAGUAUUUUUGAGACACUUGGAGCAUGUUUGCUGGGACACAAAGUGACGGAUACGAUGCGUAAAGGAGUGAUUGAUCUGGCCGUUUACAAUAACAGUGAGGUUGAACUCAUGUAUGGACAAAUUUCCAUCCUGUCUGGUUGCGGUGCAUGGAUGUUGCUUGCCACCUUUUUCAAGCUUCCUGUGUCCACAACGCAUUCCAUCGUUGGUGCUACCAUAGGAUUCUCCAUGGUGCUUAAAGGCAGUAUGGGUAUCCGUUGGCAUAAGAUCUCGCGCAUCUGUAAGUUGUUUCGCUGA